AUGAGCUCUAGAAGAUCAAGAACAGUGGGGGUGGUACCUCAUGGUAUAAGCUUCGCGCACUACAGGCCAAAUACCGUCCAUCUAGACAACCUUGAUGCGGAAAGGAGCUUUGAGGAACUCCAAGCAGAUGUUAGCUUGGAAGCUGAGGAGAGCUCGAUUGUCAGGGUUUCUCAAGAUUCUUCCUUCCAGCAGCUCCGGGGAGGCAGGAGCUUGACUGAGGCGAAAGUUAGUUCAAACAAUCAUCCUGAGCUGAAAAGGUCCCAAACUGCGUGUAUUCCUUUGCAGAACUCGGAGUAUGACUCCGGGUAUUUUGGGCAUGACUUUGAGCGCUCGCUGAGAGCUGUUGACGAAUCGAGGCAAACCUCUGCGGCUAGUAUUUCAGAUUUGUGCGAAAUUGAAACGGGCUUACAGUGUGAAAGAUCGUCUAGUGAGAGUGAUAAUCGCCUUUCCGAGGGAUACGUUGCCAUAUGCCAUGUUGAAAGUGCGCCCUGCGCGCUGGGAAGCGCGGCUUCCGGCGCUCAUGGUUGCGGCAUUGCCGGUUCUCCUCCUUGUCAGCAAGGAACGGGAGUGAAACCUGGUAGCCAGCCAGCACCUGGAUCCCAGCAGGUAACCGAACCUAGCUCUUCCGACGUACUGGAGCCCCUUGGUUCACCCGGCGAUGAGAUUGUCUUGUGUGAUUCUCGGCUGCAACAAAACGAAAUUUCUGCUGCAAAACUUCACACGGUCAUCACGCCAAUGCUGCCUUUGGAUGGCGUGCCAAGCCCAACUCAAGCAGAGCCAAACUCUGUGCUAUCGUGCCAGCGCUCUGUGUUACAGAGUCCUGAUGUUUCCGUGCACAAACCGCUGCGAGACCUCAUCAACAAGACAAACCACGCAUGCUAUCGGACCGAUUCGAGUAAAGUUCGCUAUAAAGCAGGCCUCUCCCGCAAGAGUUCGAAGUUAAUACCCCAUCUACACGACAAAUUCAACAAGUAA